AAAAAUUAUAACUCAAACGCAAAUCUUCUCUAAUCAAAUUAUUCAAAUCAGAACCCCAAAAGAAAAAAAAAAAAGAAAAUAUCUGACUCAAAACGAAAUGGCUCAAGCAGUGACUUCGAUGGCUGGCUUACGUGGCGCAUCUCAGGCUGUCCUAGAAGGAAGUCUCCAGAUCAACGGCUCAAACCGUCUGAACAUCUCAAGAGUCACGGUUGGGUCUCAGAGAACCGGACUUGUGAUCAGGGCUCAGCAGAACGAGUCGUCGGUUCCUGAAAGUAGUUCUCGCAGGUCAGUGAUCGGGCUCGUAGCUGCUGGUUUAGCCGGUGGUUCGUUUGUUAAAAAUGCAUUCGCUGAAGCUCUUGCGAUCAAAGUUGGUGGUCCUCCACUUCCUUCCGGUGGCUUACCUGGAACAGAUAACUCAGACCAAGCAAGAGACUUUUCAUUGGCAUUGAAAGACAGAUUUUACUUACAGCCACUGUCUCCAACAGAAGCUGCAGCAAGAGCCAAAGAAUCUGCUAAAGAGAUCAUUAACGUUAAGUCACUGAUCGACAAAAAAGCUUGGCCUUACGUUCAGAACGAUCUCCGUUUAAGAGCAUCGUACCUCCGUUACGAUAUCAACACUGUUAUCUCCGCUAAGCCUAAGGGAGAGAAACAGAACCUUAAGGAACUUACCGGCAAGCUCUUCCAAACCAUCGACAACUUGGACCAUGCGGCAAAGUCAAAGAGCAGCCCAGAUGCUGAGAAGUAUUACUCAGAAACCGUCUCAAGUUUGAACAAUGUUCUUGCCAAGCUCGGUUAAUAGAAGAAAGAUGGGCUUUGUAAUGGGAUGACGUCGAUUCGUUAUUAUUAUUACAAUCCAAGUAAUACUAUGUCUUAUCCUCCUCUUCUUGGCUAAUCAAAUCGGUAUAUUUCUAA